GGCACUGGCACCCCGCCCCCCACCCAUUUGGAGACUGGAGAGUCACGUGGUGGCAAAGCACACGUGACCCCCGAGUACACAUGACUUCCAGCUGCCAGACUCCUCCUGGAAAGCAAGGACGCGGGCAAGCAGAGAUGGUGCGAGCCGCCCUGUCGCUGCCGGCCCUUGUUCUGCUGCUUCUAGCCAGGGCGCCCCGAACCCAAGCAGCCGCUGACCAAGACGAGAUCCAGCACCUGCCCGGGCUGGCCAAGCAGCCUUCUUUCCGCCAGUACUCCGGCUACCUCAAAGCCUCCGGCUCCAAGCACUUACACUACUGGUUUGUGGAGUCUCAGAAAGAUCCCAAGACCAGCCCAUUGGUGCUUUGGCUCAACGGAGGGCCAGGCUGCAGCUCUCUGGAUGGCCUCCUUACAGAGCAUGGCCCCUUCCUGGUCCAGCCAGAUGGUGCCACCUUGGAGUACAAUCCCUAUUCUUGGAACCUGAUUGCUAACAUGCUGUACCUGGAAUCCCCAGCUGGGGUGGGGUUCUCCUAUUCCAAUGACAAAUCUUACGGGACCAAUGACACAGAGGUUGCUCAGAGCAAUUAUGAGGCCCUUCAAGACUUUUUUAGCCAUUUCCCAGAGUACAAGAACAACGAACUGUUCCUGACUGGAGAGAGUUAUGCCGGCAUCUAUAUCCCAACCCUGGCUGUCCUAGUCAUGCAGGACCCCAGCAUGAACCUUCAGGGUCUGGCUGUAGGCAAUGGACUUUCUUCCUAUGAGCAGAAUGACAACUCCUUGGUCUAUUUUGCCUACUACCACGGUCUUCUGGGGAACAGGCUCUGGUCUUCCCUCCAGUCUUACUGCUGCUCGCAAAACAAGUGUAACUUCUAUGACAACAAAGACCCAGGAUGCCAAACCAGUCUUCAGGAAGUGUCCCGCAUUGUGAGCAAUUCUGGCCUCAACAUCUACAACCUCUAUGCACCCUGUGCUGGGGGAGUGCCUGGCUAUUUAAGGUAUGAGAAGGACACCAUUGUCGUUCAGGAUAUGGGCAACCUCUUCACUAGCCUGCCACUCAAGCGGACGCUGCAUCAGGUUCUGUUACGUUCUGGAGAGAAUGUACGCUUGGACCCUCCCUGCACUAACACCACAGCCCCCUCCACCUACCUCAACAACCCUUAUGUGCGGAAGGCCCUCCAUAUCCCCGAGCAGCUGCCCCGCUGGGACAUGUGCAACCUCCUUGUGAAUAUCCAGUACCGCCGCCUCUACCAAAGCAUGUACUCCCAGUACCUCAAGUUGCUCACCACACAGAAAUAUCGGAUCCUUCUCUACAAUGGCGAUGUAGAUAUGGCUUGUAACUUCAUGGGGGAUGAAUGGUUCGUGGAUUCCCUCAACCAGAAGAUGGAGGUUCAGCGCCGGCCCUGGCUUGUGGACUAUGGGGACAGCGGGGAGCAGAUUGCUGGCUUCGUGAAAGAGUUCUCCCACAUCUCCUUUCUUACCAUCAAGGGUGCUGGACACAUGGUUCCCACGGACAAGCCCCAAGCUGCUCUCACCAUGUUCUCCCGCUUCCUGAAUAAGCAGCCAUACUGAAGACCUAGACCAGCCGCACUUUCAGAUCCAGCCCCUCACAGUCCCUCCUUUGUGUGAAUUCCCCUACAGGACAGGUCGCCUCCUCCAGAAGAGUCCCUGCCCAUAGCCCUGUGCAUCCCAGUGCCUCUCUUGGGCAGCCUGGAGGCGAUGAGCACUUUAUUUCUGACCAGGGUGAAGCCUGGCCCCCUCCCUGCUUUUAGAAUGAAUGCACUGACCCCAUCCAUCCCAGGAACACAACAGAGCUCAGGAAAACCCAAAGAGGGAGCUGCCCCAUUAUAUUGAUUAUAUUGGAUUGACUGUAAUUAUGAAAUUAAAUUGGGUACACCUUAAAA